AUAAAUGAGCAAGAUCUUCAAUUCUUCACCAGGAGACCACGAUCAACCAUGAAGUUUGCUGUUGCUUUCUUGUUUCUCGCCACACUGCUGGGUCUAACAUGCAGUAAGUACUCUAAAGGAUACGGCCGUCCUAGACAUCACUAUUCAUCUUACGACGACUAUCAAGGAGGACAGGGUGGCGGAUAUCUUGGAGGACAGGGUGGCGGAUAUCUUGGAGGUCAGGGUGGCGGAUAUCUUGGAGGACAGGGUGGCGGAUAUCUUGGAGGACAAGGUGGCGGAUAUCUUGGAGGACAGGGUGGCGGAUAUCUUGGAGGACAAGGUGGCGGAUAUCUAGGAGGACAGGGUGGCGGAUAUCUUGGAGGACAAGGUGGCGGAUAUCUUGGAGGACAAGGUGGCGGAUAUCUCGGAGGACAAGGUGGCGGAUUUUAUGGUGGACAAACUCUCCCUGGCGGAGGUAGAUGCCCCUACAUUGCUUGCUAUGUUCCGGCAUGCCAGGUACAGAGAUGCGAUAACUUCCCCUUCGCUAGAUGUGUGGGUUUCUGCAACGGAUGUACUGCUCGGUUUUACUACCGUGGGAUAGACGUCACCCAUCUCUGUGGUAGACAUCACAAGAAACACAGGAGAUACUAAACACCCUGAAAGUAAUCACAAUCAGUUAUGUUUAUAAAUAAAAAAUUCUGCAAAUCUU